GCCAAACCACCUUGAUCGUUUUCAUCCGCCCUGAAUCCUCGUCUCUUUCCUCCGCCUCCUCUCCGGCGAGAUUAAUAAGAAGAGGGAGGAGAAGGAGGUGGUUUAUCAUCGCCGUGACCAUUUUUGAGUCAUUAAUUUGAUUGAUUAACCGAUCAUGGGGCGGAGAAGGGGUUCGGCAGUAAAUAAGCUAUUCGCUUGGGUUCGUAGGCAAUCGAUGAAGGUGAAGAUCUUUUUUGGUAUUACAUUUAUUAUAUCUUCCCUCGUUGCUCUCAGAUACUUGAUCAAAGACACCAAUCAAUUCUUCGUUGCAUCUGAAUCUGUUCAUGCCGCUGGUAUCGUUGUUCUCAUUUAUAAGCUGACCACACAAAAAACAUGCUCUGGCCUUUCAUUGCAGACACAAGAGCUCACAGCCAUGUUUCUAGCUGUAAGAUUGUUUUGUAGCUUUAUGAUGGAACAUGACAUUCACACUGUUCUGGAUUUUGCUACUUUGGUGUCUACUCUUUGGGUCAUUUACAUGAUCCGAUUCAAGCUGAAAGCAACCUACAAUGAAGAUCUAGACAAUAUGCCCAAAUAUUAUCUGGUGGUGCCCUGUGCUAUUCUUGCUCUGUUUAUUUACCCGCAUACUUAUCAUUCUCACCUGAGCAAAGUUAUGUGGGCAUUCUGCGUGUACUUGGAAGCAAUUGCAGUUCUUCCUCAGCUUCUUUUUAUGCAGAAAACAAAGAUGAUUGAACCAUCUACCGCCCAUUACGUGUUUGCACUGGGAGUUGCAAGAUUUUUGGGAUGUGCUCACUGGAUCAUCCAGGUGUAUGAAUCGGCUGGAGCAUAUCUGUUCUUAUUAGGAAGCGGCUACUUAUGGCUGCCAAUGGUGUUGCUAGCAGAGUCGGUUCAAACAUUCAUCUUGGCAGACUUCUGUUAUUACUACGUUAAGAGUGUUGUGAACGGUGAACUUCUAGUUAGUCUGCCACCGGUCUAGCAAAACUUUGGCAUGGAUGUCUGAGGUCUAAGUCCCGUGGAUUAAAAAUGUACAUUUAGUUUACACGUUUUUGGUGGGUGGUGUUGUUGCUAAACCGAAGAUUCUCGGCUUUUUAUCAUCUCAUUCUGAUGAGAUGUGUCAAUCAAGGCCAGGGAAAACUUAGCUUGUUUCUGAUUUUUGAAUGUUGUUUUUUAUAAUUUGUAGGGUGAUCUUGUACAAAUCAAAAGUUGUAUUGCUGAAUUUUUGAAUUUGUUGUCACUUUCAACUUAGAAAAUCUUUGUGUCAUGUUGCAAUAACUUGGUUUUUCCA